AUGUGUCCUGCCACGAAAGUGAAAUUGGCUCAGCUUCAGGAAUCCUCUGCAGAAGGGCAUAUGGUUGUGGAAGAGGGCAAGGGGGGAGGCAAGGGGGGAGACCUCACUGAGAUUGAAGAAGCCCAGUGCUGUGUUCAAACUGUCGUAUUUAAUUGUGCUUUGGAAAUCUGGGCAUCGGUUAUUUACACAGCUGAGUUGCCAGAACCUUUAGGCUGCUUGCAAUUAUGGGUAGUCCCACUCAUUGCAACUCCACCCAGUGGUGGUGUCAGCAGUGAUGCCCCUACUCAUGCCAACAUCCUCAGAGAUGUCACCAACACCACGGUAACACCAUCCUCUUCUGUGGCUCCUCUCGCUGUCAGUGAAGCCCCCAGUCCUGCGGUCACAUGUACCCUUCCAGCUUACUAUGGGCAACUCUUAAGCAGUGGGACCAGCACCAGCGACAACAUUCUUAUUGUGUCGUGUGGCCACUGCGAAGCCCACAAUGUUGUGGAGACAUCCAAGGAUUUGUACUGA